ACAUUACUGCCUUCUUCUUCUUCUUCUUCUCUAUCAAUUUCAACAGACUUAGCUCAUAAGCAAUCCAUCCCGGCCCCUCUCACACGUAAUUAAAACCACGAAUAAAAUUCACACCCACCGCACACAAUCGUCAUAUCAUGAUAAAGGUGCUAGCGAGCAAAGGCUCGUUUGUUUGUUCCCUUUGUCUUCAGUAAACAGCUCUAUUAACAAGGCACAGUACUCAUCAAACAAGAAUUAAGUAGUAAAAGAAAAAGAAGCAGCUGGGCAUGGGCAUGGGGAAACCGUUUGACGGUAUGCGUGGGAAGAGCUUCAACGCCUCCAAAUUCAGCGCCCUCCUCAACCUCUCCGUUUCCCGGAUCGCCGUCCUCCGCAACCAGCGCGGCGCCCGCUGCAACAUCGCCCAGUCCGACGUCGUCCACAUCCUCAAACUCGGCCAACAUGAUCGAGCUCUCCUUCGGGUUGAGCAAGUUUUCAAGGAGCAGAAUAUGUUGGAUGUAUUUGUUGUGAUGGAAGGCUAUUGUCAUUUGAUGGCAGAGAGGAUCAACCUCAUCGAACACGAAAGAGAAUGUCCGGACGAGCUGAAGGAGGCAGUAGCAAGCAUGUUGUAUGCAUCCACGAGGUGUGGUGAAUUUCCAGAGCUUCAAGAGAUGCGAGCGAUCUUCACGUCUCGAUACGGGAAGGAGUUCGUGGCUCGUGCCACCGAGUUACGCAACAAUUGCGGGGUGAAUCCUAAGGUGAUACAAAAGCUGUCAACCAGACAGCCAAUUUUGGAAAACAAAUUGAAGGUGCUCAAGGAAAUUGCUUCCGAAAACAACAUUGUUUUGCAGUUUGAGGAAGCUUCUUCCAUGACCACAGAGGGAAAAUUGGAGAAAGAACGCAAACAGCAGGAAGUGAUGGAAAAAAUGGAGAGUUUUUCAGAUUCAGUGAAAGCACCGAGAAAAUACAAAGACGUAGCUGAUGCAGCGCAAGCAGCUUUUAAAUCGGCAGCUAAUGCUGCAGCAGCGGCAAGGGCAGCGGUGGAACUCUCUAAGUCUGGACCCCAUGACCCUAAUGACCAGAAUGGUUUUGUUUCUGGAAAGAGAAAGGCGACUGAUGAGCAUGAAGGAACUGAAUCAAAACUUCAAACCACUGAGGAGAACAAUUCGGGAAGGAUGGACGAUCAAAAUGUUGGAAUUGGAUUUGGGAAAGUUGAUGUUAUUGGGAACUACCGUUCUGAAUCUGAAGACGAGGAGAUUCGUGGUAAAAAUAGAGCUGAAGAAGAGAUGGAAAGAGGGAUGUCGGGUUUAAGUUCAGAUUCGGAUGUGUUGGAGGGAAGUAGAAUGCCUAUGGAGGUAGUUGGGGAGAUAAGGCCAGCGGAGAAUGAGUCUGGUGAGAGCGGCAAAGAGACCGGACAUGAAAAAGGAGUGCUCUUAUCAGGGAACCAAGAAUUUGGUUCGGAGAUGAAGCCUCCCGGUUCUCCUAUGAAUGAAGAAGGUUUGGUUUCGAAAAAAUCUGAUACGGUUAUGGAUGACGAUCUUUCUGAAAGAAAUGGCGCAAAGCUCGAUCAAUCUGAAAAGAAGGUCCGUGUAGGAUUUAGAGCUGGCCUGAAGGCAAGACUCAGGGCCUGGCAAUCCUGAAGGCUGAAGCAUGUUUGCUGAAGUAUCCAGGAGUGUUUCAAUGCGGAGGGGAGGCCAAUCUCUGCAAGGACCACUGAGAGAAACUAUAUAAUCCGGUUGCAUUCAUCGAGCAGGCUUUCAUAUACACACUUAUAACUUGUUUUGUUGAUUUUUUUGACAAUAUUAUCUGCAGAAAUGUUGAGCUAUUGUUAUGCUUGUAGAUGUGAGAGCUUUUUGUUUUUACAAUAAAUAUAGGUGUAUCAUACUUGUUCAGGUUUGAGAGAUUUUGUAACACCUUCUGAUAUACGUCUGGGAACUAUUUUAGCAGAAAUGUGAACUGUUUUACUGUA